AAAUUGCUCUCGGUAAAGAACCACGCUCUCAACCUUCCCGCUUCUCCCAUGAUCACUGUAUCGUUGAGCCGUUGACUGUAAAACCUAGGGCAUUGUGACUGCAAUUUUCUGACUCAUUUUAUAUACUUUACCACCUGUACUGGUUAAAACUUGGACCUAUUUACUCCCUCUCUUGUUCGUCCUUGCGCUGAACAAACACUGUAAGUCGAUGUUUCUUUUCAUUUUUAAGGAUUUCUAGUUAAUUUAGUUACGUUGUAGAUUCUUCUUCGUUGAAUUAACAGAAACGUAGGGACAGCAAGGCUUUUUGAAGUUCAGGUUGACCAAAUUUUUAACGUCGUUUUCAUCUUUCUUUGUUCAGUCUUUUAGGAUACCAAAUUUGGUCCACUUUGAUAAACUGCUCUUUUUUUUUGGGUUGAUUUUGUUUUGCUUGUUCAUGCUUCCCCCUGGUUAAGGAGAAUGCCGAGGCUUCUUCUAAUGGGAUAGUUCUUUGCUUUUGAAAGAAGAAUUUUAAAAUAAUGUUUACAGGGAAUAGGAGAAUACUUUGAUCUUUCCCCAUUAUUAAUUGGGUUUUUUCUAGAUGCUACUUGCACAAAUGCAUAAUCUGUACAGCUAUAUGUAUACCGUGAAGUUAUUUUGAUAAAGAAAUUUCAACCUCUGUGGCAUCAGACUUACUAGAAUCACAUAGACAGCAUCCUAAGGCGGGUAUUUUGGAUUCAAUGUUUUGCACUCUCUCUGAAAAUGCUUACAAUUGUUUUCCUGGGUGAGUCCUGCUGUGAAAAGUCGUGUGGUAUGCCUACAUUUUUGUGAGACUUGGUCUAUCUCGUUCACUUAUAAUCGAGCAUAUACCUAACUGUAUGUUCAGUCUGAGGUUGUGAUGUUUAUCUUCCAUACUUAACCAUUUUGACUGGAAUCUGUGUUACUUGCUUGUAAAUUAAUUAUGCUUGACUGCACCGUGUGGGAAUUCUUUUGUGAAAAUGCCCUGUAACUGCAGGUUACCUUUCCCAGGGGAUAAACAUCAAUUUUUUGAUUCUUGACACAAUCUGUGCAUGGAAUGCCGCAUCUCAUGACUCACCUACUGAUGUACCUAGUACUAAAAUUUGCAUAGAAUAUACAUUUCUGAUUUGUUGUCAUUUUCCUUCUUGAAGUUACUUCUGAUUAAUUUCUAUUCUUUAACCCUUAUAGGCGGUGACAUGCGGAGGUACAGCCCAGCUUAUCACAGUCCUCCAAGGAGAGGGUAUGGCAGCAGUUGGCCUAGAAGCCCUCCUCGAAGGGGCAGUGGUGGCCAUGGAAGGGGAAGGGGAAGUGGAGGUCAUGGAAGUCUUUUGGUCCGGAACAUUCCUCUAGAUUGCAGGCCUGAGGAACUUCGAAUCCCAUUUGAAAGAUUUGGAUUAGUUAGGGACGUGUAUCUUCCCAAGGAUUAUUAUACAGGGGAACCUCGUGGCUUUGCUUUUGUGCAGUUUGUGGAUCCUUAUGAAGCCGCAGAGGCUCAAUAUCAAAUGAAUGGAAGGAUUUUUGCUGGCAGGGAGAUUUCUGUUGUUGUUGCGUCAGAGAUGAGGAAACGACCUGAAGAUAUGCGCCGAAAAUCUAGUCUUGGCGGAAGACCUGUAAGCUAUGGAGGGAGACAGUCUACAUAUCAUGGGUAUUCUCGCUCACGCUCACGCUCUCCACGAUAUCCCUCCGGUUCAAGAAGCCGUCAUCGUUCAAGGUCGUUCUCUCCCAUGCCAAGGAGGCGUAGAGAUUACUCUGUUUCUCCAGAUAGAAGGCAUAUAGAUCGUCCUAGAUAUCCAGGUGGUCAUCUGCAGGACCGACACAUAGUUCAUAAUCAGAGAUCAUAUUCUCCAGGUUAUGUCGACAUGGCUGACCAGGGUGUCAAUGUAUAUGAAAAAAGAUCUGAGAGGGAAGCUGAGGAAGCGUUGGGCCACCGGAGAUCACCAGCUGGGCGAGCAUCGAGGUCACCACCUGGAUCCAGAUCAAGGUCUGCAGACACAUCUCCGAGACAUGCCCGAUGAGCCAAAUGGUCGCCGGGAAUUUGGAACCAACUCCGUUAAUUAACCAUGUUGUACAUUACUUAGUUCUAUCAUCUAGCUCGAAGAUUUUUACUUUAAGCAGCACAAUAUGGUUUUCAUGAGAUCAGACCGUCUUGUGAACCAUUGUGUCUCUAGUUAAGAUUCUCUUAACAAAAACUGCAGGUCAGCUUGGCCGAAUUAGAACUCUACUUGUGUUACUGGUAUGUUCAAAAUUCUAAGUGUAUUCUAUAACAACGCGACUUUAGUGGCAGGCAUUUUCAUUUACACUAAA